UGUGAUUUUCUUGAGAAAGAUCUGAAAAUGAUGUCAGCUCAGACUUCUAUGAUACCGAGAUCCACCAAUACCUGCCAUGUUCUUUCUUUGUAUCAAAGGUUAACAUGGCACAAAUCGGUAAUGUUCUCUCAUCGAGGACUUGAUCCAUACAAAGAAACUUUGUUUACUGUCAAUCAAGAAGAGAUUCCCGAAUAUAUCAGAGAAAAAGUUGAAGAUACUUUUAAACAAAUGGAUGUUGUCAUGCUACAACAAAGAAUCAACGAAAUGUUGAUCAACUUUCCAGAAAGUAAUGCUGACUGGAGCUUGGUUGAAGAUUUGUUUCCAAAUAUCCAGUUUAUUGAUGGAAAUGAAGACGAUAGUUGGUAUUCGAAAUUGCCAGAUGAAUUAUGCUGUAAACACAUUUCUGAUUUAUUUUCAUUGAGUGUGAAAUUUUUGUUGAGUAAUUGAACGAACAUUGAUGUUGGUAUGUAGUCUUUCAAUAUACAGUUUGAUUAUACAGUAAUAUAUAAUUUGGCAUGUACUAGCCAUGGAAG